AGUCUCCAACUGCACGAACCAGCCCACUCCCCACCCCCGCUUCCCAAAAAGAAGAACGAACCAGAAAUCGAAGCUAAUAAAUCCCUCGUCUCUCGCCUCGUUUCCGCCGCCGGAUUUGCUCUCGGGUUCGUCGCCAUCCGAUCGUCUGCUGCUCCCAUGGAGUCCUCCGUCUCCGCUCUGCGAUCCUCCCUCCACAGCAAUUUCGCGGGGGCUCUACCUCGCGUGGAGCCGCUACCUCAUAAGCCUGGAGUGGUUCCGGUGCAAUCGUAUUCGCCCCCGUCGAAGAAAUUGUACGUCCAUGGUUUUGCGGCGCGUGGGAUCGCUCCCUCGAGGACGAGGAAUGCAGCUGUUGUAUCCUGUCUGAAGACUUCGGAAGCUACCGGCGUGGCCAAGUCCAGUGAAGGCAACACUCGAGACUCCAAGGACAAGACUACUUUGCCAAGGGCAACUUUUCCUAGUGCUUUUGAGGAAUUGCUGCUGGAGGUUUGUGAUGAGACACAGAUUGCUGAACUAAAACUAAAGAUUGGAGAUAUUGAAAUGCAAGUGAAGCGGAAUUUAGGGGCCACAAAAGAAGCUUUCGCUUCCAUUCCUUCGCCCACAACACCACCGCCUACACUUUUGGCAGGGGUGUUGGGUAGUGUAAUAAAAGAAAGCAUUCUUGCUUUCAGAUAUCAUCUGUACUGUAAUCCUGAAUAAAAUCUUUGCAUUGCUCGAAAUUAUGGCAACAGUAAUUGCAGAAGUGUAGUUGCGUGAAUCUUAAUAAUAUCCGUUAAUUCAGAGGACAGCCUUUCACGUUUGGUCAAUAAGUCCGUGACUUAACUUUGUACUCCGUCUUAGAUUGGAGAUAUUGAAAUGCAAGUGAAGCGG